AGAUGACAACAUCCGGUUUGAGAUAUCUGAGAGGGAAGUUCAGAAAGUUUUGUACAGCUUCCUAUGCCGCGAAAAUCUCACAUUGGAUCGAUUGCUGUUUUAUACUGUUAUCUUAAAUUAUUAGGAAAGUAUGACAAUACGUUUAUGCCAAUAGUAAGCCUGAGCAAAAUAAGGACGUCGUGAGAGUCCGCUGUUUUCAAACUGAACAGCAAAAGUCUUCGCGGCACGUCCUCAUCUCACUGGGUCGACACGCUCCAGUCUGCGAAGACUACAGACUUGAGAGAAUGGAGGCUGUAUCUGAGACAGAUGUGCAGUUCUGGAUGGCCAAAGUCGUGAACUGGGGGGAGGCUACGUCAUGUUCUGCUCUUCUGGACACAAGCAGACACCUUGGCUCUCUGAGGAGCUUUCUCCAGCAAGUUCUGCAGGGGUUGCAACAAAUGAGCUCCACUAGUGAGGCGAUGAAGACAUUUCCUUUUGUGGGCCAGUUCCUGGGAAGACUUUGUUGGAAUCCAUGUGUUAUUGCGGAUGAGAGGAGCCAGAGACUCCUGCUGCGGUGUUUGAGCUGUCUGUACAGCGCUGAGCCACUGAAUGCUGUCGAACAAAAAGCCAACAUGUGGAUCAAGAAUAUGUUGUGUCAUCUGAUCUCGGAGGAGGAGGGCAGUGUAGCUCAUGCUACAGUAAAACAUGCUGGAUUAACCCCGAAGCGAUACCACUCAGAGGCUCUUCAGAAGGUUGUGUCAUUGAUGACAGAGGAGGUCAUUAAAAGCUGUAACGGCUUGCCAAACACAUCAGCCAGGUGUUCAAAUGGGAAUAUUUAUGUCAUGUCAACAGCAUGUGCUGCCUUGGUCACAUGUCCUCAGAUGUCUCCUCUUAUUGGAGCUCUGCUGAAGCAUUCCAUGUUGUGUGGCACUUCCUGUCUGAAUCAAGAGUUCAUUAAGGAAGUCAGUGAGGCCUUGAUCAGAUUGUAUUUGUGUGUUUUCUGUCUCUCUCUCUUGCACAGUAAGAGGCUUGUGUUGGAGGAUGAGGCCGUAGUGAACCUGUGGUGUUACAGUCCCAGCUGUCUGGAGGGGGCAGCAGUGAGCUUACUGGAAUCUGUGCUCUCUGACCAUGAAACAAUGACACAGAGUCUGGACAAACACGUUAAUGACUCAUUACUGCCUCAAGCUUCAGCCGAUCACUGUCACAUCUUCCUCACAGUCAGUGAAAUUUACAGGAAUGUGCUGACAGAGAUUGAUGAGAACCUGGCCGUGAGAGCCCUCAUACAGGUUUUCACUGUCUGCUUCCUCCAGAGACUGACUGGACAGAAAACUCAGGAUCGUCUACCACUCAGAGCCUUCUUCCCACAUGUGAUGCCCAGUUUACUCCCUCCUUUACUGACAGCACCAUCAGAGGUUCCCAGGGAAGCCUGGCUGGAUCAUCUGAUCUGGAUCAGAAGUUUACUUCAGAGCGUGAUGGAGAAUGAGGCGGGGGAAGAUGUCAGGGCGUAUCAGGCUGUCUUUCAGGCUUGGUUCCUGCUGGUGCAGUGUGGGUAUUGGGUGGACACAGCUGCUGAGCUGCUUGUUCUGGCAGCGCCUGAGAACGCAGAACCGCUGCUGUGGCUCCUGACGUUCUUCCACCACCCCACCAACAGAGGGCACCAGAGGUCCCAACAAACCGCAGAGGCCAGAGAAGCCUGGACUCAUCUAAGGAUGCUGUUUCUCACUCGUCCUCCCCCUCCCAGACACCUCAGUGCUGUGAAAGAGCUCCUGUCCUCCUCCCUUUCAGCAAACCUCGUUUUGCAUUUGUUUUUAAACUUCACCGUCUUUUCCCACGGACCUGUUAGCAUUAUCAAUGAAAUAAAUGACAAGGUGCUGACUGAGGCCGCUGUGAAGCGCAGGGCACUGUGGAUCCUCGCCUCAAUACGCUGCAGACUAAACAGUGCCGCUACGCGGGAUGACAGGGUUCAUUCCAGGCUGAGGACUCUUCAGGACACCCUCCUCCAAACCUGAGAGCCUCACAUAAAAAGUCCUAGCUUCGAGCACUUGCCGAAACUAUUUAUUAGGACAAGGAAUCCUGGCGUGGCACAGUUAUGCACCGAAAAGCUGGGUGGGACGAUACGGCAUUUAUAGAAGAGAAGCCCAGCUGCCGUUUUUAACUUUAAAAGCAGUGGGUGUUCUCCCCCUAAACCCAAGAGGGGCCUCCGCACUUGAUGUAUUGAGCUAAAUAAAAGGAACACAUGUAUUUCUAUCUGUGUGUUUGGAUGACAUCAAACGCGAAAGGGAGAAAGUAAAUUUCCAGGGAUGUGACUGCUGUCAGAUCUGCGGUUGUAUUUCCUGAGUGUUUGGACUCGAAGACUUUGUUGUUUGACUGCGGAGCUCCGUCUAGCUAACACACCGUUUGUCUUCGCUCACUGUCCUCCCAAACACUCUUCUGACAGGAGAGCAUGCCGGAGUCCUUCUCACCACGUGUGUGUGUGUGUGUGUGUGUGUGUGUGUGUACUCUCAGCGCAGGGCCUCUUGAAUAGUUUAGUCUCUGUGUACUGUACUUUCUAGACUCAAUCAUCACUAGUGCUUCUCCGUGGGUCUCCGUCUCCCUGUAGGCCCAUUUCCUCUGAGCGUUUUCCCUAUUCAAGCAUGUGUUUAUAACUCAAAACUGGGUCAUACUUAAUUUACGGCCUUGCUAAACUACAUGAGAAUUGUCUUUGUCUUUACAUGAGAAUUGUCUUUAUUGUCUUUCAUUUGGAUGCUGUUUAAUUACAUUUAAAUGAAUAGUUCACCCAAAAAUUUAAAUUUGUAGAAUUUACUUGGACUGUUUUGCCUUCUGAAUGGUGUUGGAUCACUGCGUAUUUCUCUCCUGAUUCAGACGAGUAAACUGUUUCAGUAGAGAAAACAGUAUCAUGGAUAGAGGACUCAUAUUUUAGCUAGAAGCAACAGUUUAAAGUUAAAAACAUGAAUUUCUCCAAAUCUAAACUCUUUUCUGAUGAAGAAAAAAAAACUCGUCCACUUUUUGGAUGGCCGGAGGGUUAGUAUAUUUUCAGCAGUUUUUCAUUUUUGGGUGAACCAUUCCUUUAAUACUAGUAUAACUGCAACUAGUUAUGUCCAUAGUUCCUUAAUAAUAAGUAUCUGUUGAACAAAUAAAUGGCUAUUAUAUGGGACCACAA